AUGCUCGACCGCAUGAGCAUCGACGGUCUCACGAAUCCACAACCAGGCGGCUUCACUUGCGAAUUCGCAGGUUGCACAGCACCCCCCUUCCAGACGCAGUACCUUCUGAACUCUCAUGCCAACGUACACUCGUCUGCCCGACCACACUACUGUGCAGUUCCAGGAUGCCCGCGUAGUGAAGGCGGCAAAGGCUUCAAAAGGAAAAACGAGAUGAUCCGACACGGCCUAGUCCACGAAUCACCAGGAUAUGUUUGCCCGUUCUGUCCCGAUAGAGAGCACAAGUAUCCGCGCCCAGACAACCUUCAGAGGCAUGUUCGGGUUCAUCACGUGGGCACUGAUAAGGAUGAUCCGCUGCUCAGAGAGGUCUUGUCACAGAGGCCAGAUGGUCCUAAUCGUGGGAGGCGGCGGAGAGGUGGUACCACAUGA